UGCUUCCAUUCUCAAAGCGUGUAUCACAUGAAAAGAAAAGCAAAAAAACAAAUUGCAUUUGUAAAAAUAUCCCUGGACAACGCCUUUCCGGCCCAGUAUAUAUAUAUAUGGCCAAAGUCCUGUUCCUUCAUCAGUCAAGUUCGAUCUUUCCUACAAACAGGCCACUGGAAGGAAGUCUUCAGAAGACAUUCUUACAAGUGUACUAUUGUGAGUGCGCGUUACAGUUCGUCUCAUUUCGAAAGAAACAAAAACAGUUACAAUGCGCUUUCUUGUGGUUUUAACCGCCUGUUUGGCAGUUGCCUCGGCUGACAUCGGGCUAAAGCUGCGUCAGGGUGGCAGCAGCUACGAUGUUGGUCAACAGUCGGUGACCCUUCAGUACGCACCCACGGUUUAUCAAGAUUCGGUUGGUGGAGGAGCUGUCUCGUCUGCCGAUGCGCGCUCGUAUGGUGGAUCAUCUUAUGGUGGAGCCGGUGCUGGUGCUAGUGCUGGUGCUAGUGCCGGUGCUGGUGCUGGUGGAUAUGGCGGUAACUUCGGAGGUCCGAUUUCUGCAGCUGCUUCCGGUGCAGAUUUCAAUGCCGGCUACCAGGCAGGACUUCGUGCGGGUGCUUCCGCGUCUGCCGGUGCUUCGGCCACUGGAGGUUCAUUUGGUAUCGGAAGUCGGCUAGGUGGUGCCGGUGCAUUCUCCGGAUCUUCGGCAAGCAGCAACAGUUUCGCCUCUGGUUCCGCCGGUUCGUUCGCUGGUUCGUCUGCCGGCGCUUCCAGCGAAGCCUAUGCAAAGACCCAGGUCCGCUAUGCUGCUCCAGUAAUCCAGAAGAACUUCUACUACCAUGUGGCACCCGAGGAGCCGAAGGCCGCCGCCGAAGCUAACACGCUGACCAUCACGCCCCGCAAACACUACAAGGUCAUCUUCAUCAAGGCCCCGACUGUCAGUGCCGAUGCCGCUGCUAAGGCUCAGGCUGCCAGCAAAACUGAAGAGAAGACGAUCGUCUACGUGCUCGUUAACAAGCCUGCCAAGGCAAAGGCCGGUUCGGUCGCUGAUGCUAGCUCGUUCGCAUCUGCCAAGCCAGAGGUUUACUUCAUCAAGUACCAGGGCAAGGAUGCUAAGGCUCACUCUUCGGCUGGUGCUAUCUCCAUCGCCGGUGCUGGUGCUGGUGCUUCGUCUGGUGCUGGUGCUUCUGCUGGUGCUGGUGCUGGUUCUUACGGCGGCUCUUACGCUGAUAGCUCAUCCAACGCAUACGCUACUGGUGGCGCUGGAUUUGACGCCGGUUUCGGUGGAGCGGCCGGAUAUGCUGAUGCUGGUGCAUCUGCUUCUGCUAUUGGUGUGGCCAAUGACUUCGUUGAUUUCGGUGCUCGUACCGGUGCGUCUGGCGCCUCUGCUGGAAGCAGUAGUUACAGCGCUGGUUAUACCGCUGGCUACAAUGCCGGCGGUGCUGGUUUCGCUGUAACGCCUUCAUACGGUGGUGCUGCCGCCACCGCUAAUGCAGGCGCUAGUGGCUACUCGUACUAGGCACCUGCCUGGAUGACACCUGGAUGCCUUACUCAACAAUUAACCAAUCCCAAAGCGUCUGUGAACGGUUCUAUUACACAGCAGCAUACUCAUGGAAAUGAAAUUACGAUGCCCUCUACGAUGGAUUACGCCGAACGGAGUUUUAACAAUGUGUAUAUUGGAAAAUGAUUCUACGAAAUAUGAUUUAACUGUCGACCCUGCGUCAUGUAACAAGUACCUUAAGUCGUUUUUUCGAAAACCCCCACGUGUCCCUUAUCUUUGCAUCUUCGUCCUCGAUUAUUUCCCUCUUCCUUCUGUAGAAAUGUAAAACAAGUAAGAUAAAUUUAUUUUCCCUCGUACAGUUUUCUGACGAUGAAGCUGUGAACUGGAAGUACGAAAAAGCUGCAUGAUGAUAUACGAAACAGUGUCACGGCUCGAUGAAGAGAACGUGCAGUGUUUAGUGCAGCAGUAACGCUUUCGAUACAUCCUUACUUUGUGCGUUACAACAUUAAGAAGCCAGCAUUGUAUCAUAAGACAAGUGUAUCCAAGCACACACGCACACACAUAUGCAUACACAUAUACGUAGAUAUUUGCAUACAAAUAUCCAUAAUAAAACAAAAGGAUAAUAAUAAAAAUGUGUUAUCUAAAAUGAAAGCUGUAAACCUUGUUUCUCUUU